AUGGGUUAUCUCACCAACUACGAGCCUUAUACCAGCCAAAGUCAAAGCUUCGAUCUUAAACGACGAACACCUUCAGAAGAAGUCAUCAGUCCAUUGCGAACACUCUAUCCACAUGUCGCUGCUCUCCAAAUACGAUCCGAUGCAAAUGCCGGCUACUUUACCGGAUAUCAAGAUACCGGCUACUGGGCAGAUGCCUAUACCACCCAGCCUCCAGGCGAGGACUACUCUCGACCAAUGACCGGUCGCCGACACAGUGGUGAGUACUGA